UAUUGUUGAUAUUCGGAAGUACAGCGAGAUCCUUUCCUGUCGCAAAAUGGUUGCCCACGCUGACAUUCUUCUGUUAAAGUGUGCUCAGUUUCGAAACGAAAGUCAAUUUAUCGAUGUUCAAUUAAAAGUUGGUGAAGACAUCUUUCCAGCUCAUCGCAUCGUGUUGGCUGCGAGUAGUGAUUAUUUCUACGCCAUGUUUACAGACGGAAUGAAGGAGUCCAACCAGGAAGUGAUCGAGCUCAAAGAUGGAAGCAUCUCACCAGAUGUUUUAAAGAUUAUACUGGACUCUGUGUACACUGGAGAGCUUCGUGUCGACAAUAAAACUGUAUCCAAAGUUCUUGCUGCCGCAGAUCACCUUCAAGUCGCAAGUGUUGUUCAUCAGUGUUGUACUUUCUUGUUGAAGGAGUUCGUGAAGAUUCGCUUCGACUUUGAAACUUACUGUCGCAUCUGGGGAAUUGCGUCGAGCUAUAAGCUGAAAGAUCUACAAGACGCUGCAGAGUGUGCUGUGGCUAAGAUGUAUAAAGAUGUCUGCGAGAGUAAAGAAUUCCUAACGCACAUCGAUGGAAACCAAUUAGUCAGCCUUCUCAGUCGAGAUGACCUCAAUGCACCUUCGGAGACGUUCGUCUUCAAAUCAGUAAUGCAGUGGAUUAAACACAAGAAGGAAGAGAGGAUGACAGUCGCAGCCAAAGUAAUCGGAGCUGUACGUCUGGGGCUGGCAGACAUUGGAGUUGUGAUUGAUGAUUUGAACACGAAGGAGAUGAAGCAAGUUCCCGAGAUUUACACGCAAGUCCACGAGGCGGCAAUUUAUAAUCUCAGACCUUCCCACAAACCUCAAUCCGCUACGAAACAAAUAAAGCCACGAUCAAAGAGCCCGGUUCUCGUUGCUGUUUCGCCUCAGGCUGGAAUACAGUACUUCAACGUCGAAGCUAAGGCUUGGAAACUGCUGCCAAUGGCUACACCGCCAAUUGAGGCCACUCACUGUUACUGUACAUUAUCUGUUGGCGAUAACUUGUUUGUUGCCGCAAAUGACUCCAUUGGGUACUGCCUCUACCACUAUGUCCAAGAGGCAAAUGUGUGGGAGAGACUUCCAAACCCAUGUGGUGAAAUAAAAAAUCUGUGUCUUUUAGAGGACUACUUGUAUGUAAUCCUUGCCAAUCCCAGCCUUGCUUCUUACCGCUACAAUUUUGUUAAACGUAAAUGGCACAACAUUGGUGGUGAGUCCAUCGAUAAUGCUCGUUCGCCCUCUAAUGACUUGGGUCGUGAGUCCAUCGAUAAUGCUCGUUCGCUCUUUCAUGACUUUGGUCGUGAGUCCAUCGAUAAUGCUCGUUCGCUUAGUGGUGCAGCUGUCUUGCAUUCAAAAGUGUUUAUUCUUUAUGGGUGCUACACUCUUACGCAUUUCGGUCGGGAAGUCUCCUCAGUCUCGCCGGCAGUUUUAACCUGUUUUGAUGCACAAACAAAUAAGUGGAAGACAGAGAAAGCAACAACCAAUUUUUGUCACUUCGGAUCCAGUCUUAUAGUGGUCAACGGCAAACUUUACGUUGCUGGGGGUAAAGAUCGGAUUGACAGGAAUAAUCUUCCAAAAGGUAACCACGCAUCUGUAGAAAUGUACAACGAAGAAACCAACACCUGGUCUGUUGUUGAGCAAAAACGCAUUCCCGCCAGCAUUCGUAAUGCAGUGGAAAUAGAGGGGAGGGUGUACUUUUUCAUCAAUAAUUUUCCAGUUGACAGUGGGAUUAGAAUCGCACAUGGGAGUCUGGAUUCUAAAUGGGAUGACUUAGCAAAAAUCGACCAAAAUGCAGUCCUUGGUUUCAUGGUUGUGAGGAGGAAGGAUGGGAUGUGAAACACUAAAUAGUGGACAGGGUGAAAGUGCUCUUACUGUAUGCAUUACUUUCGCCAGUUGGAACACAAACCUGACGUUUUGACUCGUAGUGCAGUUAUUCAUUAAGUAAUUACUUAGACUUAUACCAUUAAAAAUGAUGUAAAAGUAAAGGAUUCUCAAGGACCCCUUCCGCUCUUGUUCAAGCACUUUAUAUGUAGACAUAUUGUUACAAUGUACAUCACAAAAUUACUUGGAAUCUUGCUUCUUUUUAAGGAAAAUGUGAAAGCGGGCCCACAAAUACCUGUGUUCCCGAUUAAAAAUAGAUGCUUUGAUCAUUUACCCACAUAGCAGUGUGUAUAACAAGGCCUUUUCGAAGGGGUGAGGGGCAUUCGACUCUAGCGUUUUAAUUAACUAAAGAGGUACUUCAAGACAUUUUAUUAGCAGUAUUUUUCCAUACUAGACAGAAUGGAGGCGGUUGGGUCGUGUUCACCUCGUAGAUAUUCCUUUUUACGUCCUUGACUAGAUUUUAUUUUAAGUAACUUUUACUCUGUGUCGUAUCGUUACGUAAUCAGUUCAUAACACAAGUGAUAACAGCUACCUGUAAUUUGUAGAUAUCAAUAUUUACCAAAAGAAAAAAAAUCCUCUGAACUACUUGUUUUGUUGCUUUCUCCCCUUCUAUUAGGUGAUCCGGAAAAUGUACGCAUAGUAUUUUUGAGCGGUUCUCCUUUAAUCUACACACCGCUGAUGAAUUUUAGAACAACAAUAUGAGAUGUACUUACGCCUUCCAUUUCAAUGUGCAAGUUCAUUCGCAAAAAUCUCCUGCAUAACCAGUUAGACGCGCGUUUAUGGCAAAAGCGCGCGUAGACGCCUGGCAGCAGAAAAUGAGAGUUAUUCAAUAAAAAGCGUUCUGUCAUCGAAUUUUCCCACAGAAGACAAGGGAUUGGUUAGUCGAGGAAAUUUCUCAACAAGUUAAUAAACGAUACCCGAUUUGUGCGG